GUCAAGGUCAUGUUUCCCGUUUUCUGUGAGAGAUCAGCUGGUGGGAGGACACAUGACGUGUAUCCUGAUACAUGUUAGUCCAGACAACACCUUCCUGAGUUAACACCUGCACCACAGUGACACCUGCAGUGCUACCGUCGACACUCUGCCUCCUGCACCACCAUGUUAAAACCCAGAACACUAACUCAGAUCCUGAGUCAGGCCAACACUGGCGGGGUACAGUGUGCCUUGUUGCUUAAUCUAGAAGGAGCAUUGCUGGCAUUUAGUGGAUAUGGAGAUCGUGAUGCUCGUGUCACAGCUGCUAUUGCAAGUAAUAUUUGGGCAGUUUAUGAAAAGAAUGGACGUAAUGCCUUCUCAGAAGACAAACUGAAUAUGGUUCUAAUGGAAUGUGAGGAUGGUAAAGUAUGUGUGACACAAGUGGCAAAUCUGCUCCUUUGCAUCUAUGCCAAGGAAAAUGUAGGCUUUGGCCUGCUUUGUGCAAAGACCCACGCUCUGGCCAGGUAUCUGGAUGGCCCCUUACGACAAGUUGCAGCAGCGUGAGCACCAUUCCAUCAAUUGUAUUACUUUCAUUAUUUUUAUUAUUCUCUUACUUAAUCAUGUUAUUUAUGCAAUAAAUAUAGUAUUUGUAAGAACAACUAAUGGAAAUUGAAUUAAAA